CGGAAGUUGUUGCGCAGUCGUUUCCGGGGCAGAGUGAGGUGGAGGAAGAUUCCGGAUGGGUCGCAGCCGCAGCCGCUCCCCACGGAGGGAGCGCAGGCGAUCCCGGUCCACAUCCCGUGAGCGAGAACGCAGGCGCCGAGAAAGGUCCCGGUCCCGGGAGAGAGAUCGGCGAAGGAGCCGCUCUCGAUCCCCGCACAGAAGACGCUCCAGAUCCCCAAGACGACAUAGAUCCACAUCUCCUUCCCCUUCUCGACUGAAAGAAAGAAGAGAUGAGGAAAAGAAAGAAACAAAAGAAACAAAGAGCAAAGAACGCCAGAUUACUGAGGAGGACUUAGAGGGCAAAACAGAGGAAGAAAUAGAAAUGAUGAAAUUAAUGGGAUUUGCCUCUUUUGACUCCACCAAAGGGAAAAAGGUGGAUGGCUCUGUAAAUGCCUAUGCCAUAAAUGUGUCUCAGAAGAGGAAGUACAGGCAGUACAUGAAUCGAAAAGGCGGAUUCAACAGACCUUUGGAUUUCAUUGCAUGAGAAUUGAAAUGUUAAAGAAUGAUUUUUUUUCCCUUACCUUGUUCAGAAGAGUGGAUUUUGUAUUUCAUAUUUAAUAUGCAUAAAAAACAGGAUUACAGUCCUUCCUCCUUGUAAAGUAAGAAAAUUUUAUUUAUGAUGUGUGCAGUUCACUUACCCUGACUCACAAAAAGGAAAGUUAAAUACUGCAUUUUUUUCUUUUAGGAAAUACCAUUUGGGGCAAUCAUCAACCCUAUUUUUGGUUCUUAUUGUUGUGGAAGCUGUAUAUGUUUUCUUCUUGGAUGCUUGUUAGGACUUUUUAAAACACAUAAAAGUAAUUUGGAUGUAAGUUUCUCAAAUAAAGCAAUAUUUCUACCC